AACUUCAAUCGACAGGGAGACUCCUCUCUCUCUGAGCCGCAGACACAGCGACGAUGGCGUCCGGCACGUGCUUCUCUGGCGGGGCACGUGUAUCCGUCGCGGCAGCGACAUUUGCAAGCGUCGUCUUCUUCUUCCUCGUUGAUAUCGCUCAAUCCGCAAAUGAUUCCCAGGCCAGAUGCAGCAGAACAUGCGUUGCUGAGAACUGCAAUUCUCUUGGGAUAAGGUAUGGAAAAUACUGCGGAGUUGGUUGGACGGGUUGCCCCGGCGAGAAGCCCUGCGAUGAUCUCGACGCUUGUUGCAAGAUUCACGAUGAGUGCGUUGAGAAAAAAGGUUUGGUAAGUGUGAAGUGCCAUGAGAAGUUCAAGACCUGCAUAAAGAAAGUGCAGAAAUCUGGGAAGGUUGGAUUUUCUAGAUAUUGUCCAUAUGAAACGGCUGUGCCUACAAUGGUACAGGGCAUGGAUAUGGCGAUCAUGCUGAGUCAGUUGGGUAGCUCAAAGCUAGAACUCUGAUAGAGAAAAAGGAAAUGCCUCUUAUUGAGUGGAAUCAGUUAGCAUCUAGUAACCAUUAUUUCUUCAAUUUAACAGCGACCCCAAGAACUGAAGCUAUGAACAGUCCAUGACUUUGUGUGGAUUCACCCUGAUUAAGGUAAUUGUUUCAUGCUAACCAUUUAUUUUGGAGGGCUCUCUUUGUUUCCCCUUUAUCGACUUUAGAGGCUCUAUUGUACUUGCAGUCUUGUCUUGCUGCAGGCAGAACUGCUGAAACUCUUCCUCCUUGGAAUUACUUCAGUAUGUAUUCUUUCUUGUAUUAGAUAUGAACAAUUUGAUAUGAUUUUCAGCAAUAAAGAUCCUUGUUAUGAAAAUGCUAAUUACACUAGGGA